CCAGUUUAGCGGGCUCGUACCCCGCCAGUCUGCUUUGAUACACAGCCGCGAACGAACACAGGCCCUCCGGGCGAGUGGUGCGGUGUGCUAAUUAUAGCGAAGAAAAACCUGAUCCCACCUGUCGAUCAAAUCCGAGUUGUUCAUUCUAGUGAUUAAUAAAUAAGUGACGAUCGGGAUGGCGCGACCGCAAGUGCUAUUACUCAUUAGUGUUCUAUGCGUUAACUCAGCCGUGGGGCAGUUCAAUCAAUGUUUUGGCCAGCAGCAGUGCGUGGAGUUUAACAGUUGUUCCGACUUUAGGAACUAUUAUGGAGUUUCGGCAUUAAAGUGGCCCCGAUCGGUUCAGGAACAGGUCAAGAACCGCCUCUGCAAGGUGGAACUACGUGGGCACGAGAGGGUUUACAGUAUCUGCUGCAGUCCACCCAAGAGCCAAUACGCCAACACAGCAUCACCUCCCUGGGGUCAGCAUCAGACAACAUCGGUUACCAAACCCAAAGGGCUGGCUCUGCUGGAUAUGAAAUCAUGUGGUAAAGACAGUAAAGAAAAAAUUGCCUUCGGAAAGAAAGCCCAAGUCUUUGAAUACCCCUGGAUGGCAUUACUCCUGGAUGAGGGUGGAGAAAUUAGAUGUGGAGGUACCUUGAUUGCCGAAAGUUAUGUUCUCACAGCAGCCCACUGUAACCGCCCGCCUGUCACAACGGUAAGACUUGGGGAGAACGACAUUAGCAAACCAAUCGAUUGUAAUUACUCCGAAGAUGGACCGGAUUGUGCGGAUCCACCUCAGAAUAUCGAGGUAGGCAAAUUCAUCAGGCACCCACUGUACAGCACAUCCAAGCGAAGAAACGACAUAGCUUUGAUCAGACUGGCAACGCCGGCCAAAUUAAGCUAUAGUGUUCGAACAAUCUGUCUACCCAUUGGGGCAAUGGUACGCAACCCGGAGCCGAAGGAAAUGAUCGUGUCAGGAUGGGGCUUUACUGAGCAUGGCAAAACGUCCAAUGUGCUGCAGUACGCCACUCUAUCACUGAUACCUACCAGUCGCUGCAGUAGCACUUUAAUGGCACUGAGCGAUGCCAUCUCACUGGACGAAGCUAGUCAGUUUUGCGCCAAAGGCAAGAACAAAGUGGACAACUGCGCUGGAGAUUCUGGUGGACCGUUGCUCUACAACUCACGCCAGUCGUCUGCGGUUCAGUACGGAAUUGUCUCCUUCGGGGUGAAUUCGUGUGGAGAGCAAGGGGCACCCGGAGUUUAUACCAAAGUCUCGCACUAUAUUGACUGGAUAGCGCAAAACCUGGAAUAAACUAUUUUUGUUUUUGAA